UGGAGGAGGGUGCAGAUGUCACCGCAUACUGGUGGGGUGAGUGGACCAAGUGGACGGCGUGCACAAGGAGCUGUGGUGGAGGUGUUAAGUCCCAGGAGAGGCACUGCCUGCGGCAGAGGUACGUGGGUGGGAAGACCCCAGUGUGUGCCCACUGGGAGUGGGUCUGGUCCAGGUCAUUGCUCAGUGGGUGAGUGCAAGUAGAGAGAAGUCAGUUGGCAAACCUGAUGUGAACAGAAGGUGAAUGUGGCUGGAGCAUGGUGUUGUGAGGGGCCCGUGAAUUAUUAAGGAAGGACCACUAAGAUCCCCCACCUCAACCCACCCCACCAUGCCCACUGUGCCUCAGUGCCACCAUGGAGCACCUGCAGGGAUGGUGACUCUUCCACUCCUUGGGUAGCUGUGCCACUGCAUCACUGCAAUGUUUCCUGAUAUCCAACAUGAUCCUCCCCUGGCACCGUGUGGGGCCAUCACCUCUUGCCCUGUCGCUGUUAACUGGGAGCUGAGAUGCUCUGUGCUGGCCCCAAGGUUUUUCCUUUAGGUGUGGCUUUGCUAUGUGGGUGCAGGUCUUGAAGAAGCAGGGAACAAUGACUCCUUUGGGAGGGGGGGAAAAAAAGAUGUUUCUGACCCCUGUCUAACCAUUAUUUCUUUAUUCAGACGAAAGUCAGUGAGUGGGCUGGCUAAUAAAACUUGCACUGGAACAUCCAAAAGAUAUCAGCUCUGCAAAGUACAAGUAAGGAUAUCCUUUUUCUCACUGGAGACAUUUGAUGGAAAAACUGGGAAGCCCCUUGGAGUGGAGGUGCUGCUUAUCCUGCAGCCGACCCCCAUAUUGCCCCUCUAGCAGCUGGAGUUCCUUUCUCUGGCUGCUAUCCCUGCUGUUGGGGGCUGUAAAACUCAGUGGGGUCCUUCUUGUGCCAUCUGCCUUGGGGCUUCCCUGGCUGUCUCUGCAGUGGGAGGAGGAGGAUGUGGCUCUGGAUGGGGCAGGUGAUGGAAGAAGUGCUCCUUGCAGGGGGUGCUGUAUCAGGAGCCUCUCCCACAUUUGAUUUUCAUCAGGAUGUUAAUGCAUCCCAUUCUAGGAGUGCCCUGCAAACGGAAGGAGCUUUCGAGAGGAGCAGUGUUCAUCCUUUAACUCCCAUGUGUAUAAUGGAAGAACAUAUCAAUGGAAACCUUUAUACCCUGCAGGCGCUCACGUGUCUCCUGGGGGAUUGGCAGGAUAAUGUUUUGCCAUUGAUGCUGUCUUGGGCCAGUGGGUAUAUCACUGCUCCCUCCUUGUGGAGUGCAACGCUUGGCAUGGGGCUCUGCUGCACGCAUGGAUUUGUCUCUUGCUUCCUGUGGGUAUUGUAAAGCAUCUGCAGAAAGCAAGGGGCAAACUGAGCCCAACUCGAUGGGAGAGAUCUUGAGUUAUAAGCUGAUGUGGUUUUGAAUAGUCUUGUAUGUCUAUUUCUAACAACAGAUGUAUGUAUUAAACAUUGAUAUGCGAAUAUGUGUUGUAUAUAUUAUGUGGCUGCAAGCCCUUGCACAGCACGGUGGCUGUGAUGCUGGUGGUACCUUGGCCAGCAGCAGGUGCAUCUCAUUCCAGCACUGGAGCUGUGCAAAGGCUUGCAGCAGCAGCAGGCUGCCAGGAGCACAGUCUCCUGUCCAACCUGCAGGCACAAGAGGCUGUGGCUCCUGCAGCGCUGGCUGCUGUGCAAUUUGUAUUGCUGCUGCUGUUGUUUAGCUUGGCAGAGAUUCAUUGACGUUGGUAGGAUGAAAGUUAUUGUGUUUCUGCUGUUUUGAAUGUGUCUCUAUAUCCUUUCCCCUUAGAUGACUAUGUUCACAUUUCUAGCAAGCCCUGUGACCUCCAUUGCACCACUGUGGAUGGUCAGAGACAAUUAAUGGUACAGGCUCGGGAUGGAACAUCCUGCAAAUACACUGAUUUCCGAGGGGUUUGCGUGUCUGGAAAAUGUGAGCCAAUUGGCUGCGAUGGCAUUCUGUUUUCCACCCACACCUUGGAUAAAUGUGGAGUUUGCCAAGGAGAUGGGAGCAGCUGUACUCAUGUAACGGGGAGUUACCGGAAAGGAAACGCUCAUCUGGGCUAUUCCUUGGUAACGCACAUUCCUGCUGGAGCAAGGGAUAUCCAGAUAGUGGAGCGGAAAAAAUCUGCAGAUGUUCUGGCUGUGGCUGAUGAAGCUGGGUACUAUUUCUUCAAUGGGAAUUACAAAGUUGACAGCCCAAAGAACUUCAACAUUGCAGGCACAGUGUUCAAGUACCGCCGGCCCAUGGAUGUCUAUGAGACUGGCAUAGAGUAUAUUGUUGCACAAGGACCAACAAACCAAGGAUUGAACAUAAUGGUCUGGAAUCAAAAUGGCAAAAAUCCAUCCAUCACGUUUGAAUACACUCUCUUGAGGAAGCCACACUCAAAUCUCCAGCCCAUCUACUACACCUUUUCUGAGUCAGAUAGCGAAGAAAGCAGGGAGUUUGAUGGAGACGUGCCAUUGGGUUUUAUCCAACACAACGCAACCUAUUUUGGGAAAAUCUCCAGGGAAAGGAUAGACUUGGAGAACCAGGUGUUUGGAAGACAGGAGACGGAGGAAGAUUUAAACUUGAGCAAAGGUCAGGAAACCAAUGAGGUCUAUGAAAGAGCAGAAACAAUUGACUGUGAGCCAAAACUGAAGGGCAAACAACCCAAAGAUUCAAACGUAACCAGGUCUACUUACCAGACAGACCAUGACGACAGAGACUUCGACCCCAGGUUCACCUCCAGGGAAUUCCUUUCGGAGAAUGCCAUCACAGACAAGCUGCUGGACAAGGACUCUGACUCGAAGGAGUUGGUGCUUAACAUGACCAUGAACAGCAUCUUUGCCCAGGGAGACCCAAUCAACUCCAUGGGGUCCCACAUUGACAGCCUCUAUGUUGACUAUGAGGACACUGAUGGCGUUGUGACCUAUACCAUCAAUGGCACCUACAUGGAGCUGAGCAAUGGCAAAGCCAGCAAUUCAUCUGCGGAGACACCGUUUUCAAAUGCCACUGUCACCAUGACCGGCUCUCAAGGGAACAGAACCCACAAAGCAAGAAACAGAUUGAAGUUGUUAAGAAAGGGCCAAGGUGUGAGUGCUGCUGACAUGUACAGGUGGAAGCUUUCCUCCCAUGAACCCUGCAGCUCUACAUGCACCACAGGGGUGAUGUCCACAUAUGCUAUGUGUGUUCGCUAUGAUGGGAUUGAAGUGGAUGAUACGUACUGUGAUGCCAUGACCCGCCCUGAGCCCGUCCACGAGUUCUGUGCUGGGAGAGAGUGCCAGCCAAGGUGGGAGACAAGCAGCUGGAGUGAGUGCUCCCGCACCUGCGGUGAGGGCUACCAGUUCCGCAUUGUGCGCUGCUGGAAGAUGAUCUCUCCUGGCUUUGACAGCUCUGUCUACAGUGACCUCUGUGAGUCGGCUGACAUCACCCGGCCCGACGAGCGCAAAGUCUGCAAGAACCCGGCCUGUGGGCCACAGUGGGAGAUGUCUGAGUGGUCAGAGUGCUCUGCACGGUGUGGUGAGCGCAGCGUGGUGACGCGGGACAUCCGCUGCUCGGAGGAGGAGAAGCUGUGUGAUGCCAGUGCCCGACCCCUGGCUGAGAAGAACUGCACUGGGCCGCCCUGUGACCGUCAAUGGACCGUGUCUGACUGGGGACCGUGCAGCGGUGGCUGUGGGCAGGGCAGGAUGAUCCGACACGUGUACUGCAAAACCAGCGAUGGGCGCGUGGUGCCGGAGUCACAGUGCAACCUGGAGACAAAGCCACUGGCCAUCCAUCCCUGUGGGGACAAGAACUGCCCAUCACACUGGUUGGCACAGGACUGGGAGCGGUGCAACACCACGUGCGGCCGGGGCGUGAAGAAGAGGAUUGUGCUCUGCCUGGAGAUUGUCAAUGGCAAGAUCAAGACUCACAACCCCUCUGACUGUGAUGUGGCCAAGAAGCCUGUGGAGGAAACGACGUGCUUCGAGCGGCCGUGCUUCAAGUGGUACACCACCCCUUGGUCAGAGUGCACCAAAACCUGCGGCAUCGGUGUGAGGAUGCGGGAUGUCAAGUGCUACCAGGGGAAGGACAUUGUCCGUGGCUGCGACCCUUUAGUGAAGCCAGUGGGCAAGCAGACCUGUGACCUGCAGCCCUGCCCUACUGAGCCCCCAGAUGACAGCUGCCAGGACCAGGCAGGAACCAACUGUGCUUUGGCCAUCAAAGUGAACCUGUGCAGCCACUGGUACUAUAGCAAAGCCUGCUGCCGCUCCUGCCGCACACCCCACUCCUAGUGUGGGGCUGGGGCCCAGAGCCCUGCAGGUGAGCGUUGGGGAUGGAUGCUCCUUUCCUCACUCCACUGGCACGGCUUGCUUUCAGAGCUGCUGUACAUUGGUUAUCAGAGCUGUACAUAGGAUCGUGUAUAUUUGAUUCCCCCAACAGCAGCCAUUCACGUGGUUUCACAAGGUCUUGUCCUUUGGUUUCUUUUGCCUAUGCAAGUGUGGGGUGGGCACAAACCCAUUGGAGUGAAAGCACUGGUGUGUUCCCUAGCAGAGGGGAGGGGGCGAGUACCUCCUCCUUGAUUUAUCCCCAAUGCUUUCUCACAUUUAACAUGGUGGGAAGCAGAUUCUCAUUCACUAAAUGAACUCAAGCCCAAGCCCUCUUUUGUAAUAUGUAGGUGUAUACUUUCUCAGAGGAUUUUAUCCUGUAACCAAAUCUUAGUGCCAUAGUCCUUACAAACCCCACCCCACCCCCUGUGUUGCUGGCAUAUUGUAUAUAAUAUGGAAACAUAACUGCACUUUAUAUCACAAAAAAGACGUGCUCUUUUUUAAUAUAUUUGUUUACAGACAGUGAACUUUAUCCAUGUAAUCAUUAAUUUGUACUCAUAUGUAUAUUUUAAUAAAGUUGUCAUAUUUAUGGUG